AUGGAAGAGAAGCCCGACCAGGCGUUAAGCCCCCCCCCUGUGGAGGGCCUCCCUGCAGGGGAAGCAGCGCAGGAAGAUACCGCUGAACAGCGGACAGAUGAGAGAACCGUCGGGAGAGAUGGAGACCCCACAGGGAGUGACCAACAGGAGCUAACCGGAAAGAAGGACAACGUAGACGAGGUGUUCAAAAGUGUGGAGGAGCGAAUAGAUAAAAAUAUGGCCCUCGUUGAUGAUGCGUCGAGGGCCCUUAUGAUGUUAAGUGGGGAGUGUCAACCGGAGGAGGGAGUCGAGGUGGGCGUCUUUCCCCCCGCUGCUGCGCAGAAGGAUGUGCGCGGUGGGGGCAGUGAGAGUUGCUCCCCUGGCACCGCCAACCCACAGGGUAGUGGCGAGAGCCCCAAGAAGGCCACUGACACUAUGAAGGCCACUGACACUAUGAAGGCCACUGACACUAUGAAGGCCACUGACACUAUGAAGGCCACUGACACUAUGAAGGCCACUGACACUAUGAAGGCCACUGACACUAUGAAGGCCACUGACACUAUGAAGGCCACUGACACUAUGGUAGAAGCAACCCAGCAGGGGGGAGCCAACAGCCCGGGGAAGGAUCCCCUGUGCAGGGAGGUAAUGAUCAACCGGGAUGACUGCGAAGACGGCGAUAGCAACUGCGACGAGGACACGUGGUCCAACGUGAGCUACCUGUCCGUGGAUGAGGCCAGUCUGUAUCACGAGGCGGCCGAGGUGUGCGCGGCGGCGCCGAAGCAGGAGCAGGCGAGGUGCUCGAGGGAGGAGCUGCGGCGGCAGAUGCUGAGGAGCGACGAGGAGGCGGAGCGGCGGGCAGAGCGGCAGCAACCAGCAGUGGAGCAUCCAGCAGGGGAGCAGCCAACAGGAGAGCAUCCAGCAGGGGAGCAGCCAACAGGAGAGCAGCCAACAGGCCAACCGCUAACAGGCCAACCGCUAACAGGCCAACCGCUAACAGGCCAACCGCUAACAGGCCAACCGCUAACAGGCCAACCGCUAACAGCGCAACCGCCAACAAGCCAACCGCCAGCGGCGGACCUGUCGAAGCAGCUCGCCCUGAACGCGAUCGACAAGUCGUUCAUACAAAUCCCCCUCAAGUGCAUCCUAAACUGUUUCCGAAACAUCCAGAAGGAGUUGGAGAGGAACUUCACCAUCAUCACGCUGUUCAUAGAGAAGCGGCUAGUCAACCUGACGGAUGAGAUUUACCUGAACAAGCUGAACACCAUCAUCGAGAAAAUGGAAUCAUUACGGAGCAAAGUAAUGGAAUCAAAGAUGCAUCUGGAGAAAUAUGUCAACCGUUUGGCUAGUCGACUCAAGUACAUCUACUUCGAGGGAGAUAUCCAGUUGGAAAAUUUGAAGCAUGACUUCCGCUUCGAAAUGUAUGAGAAUCGAAUAAAUUGGCUAGUCGACGGGUUCUUAUCUAGAUACGGGUUCUUUGACACGGUAGAAGUAUUCACCAAAAGGUACAAAUUGGGAUACUACUCAGAUGCAGAUGUGUAUAGGGAAUACCUAGACAUAAUAACCGAACUGAAGAGGCACAAUAUCAAGCCGGCACUAGACUGGUGCCAAAAGUACAAAUCGCAAUUAAAAAAAAUCGAUUCAAAUGUAGAAGCAGAGCUGCAUCUGCAAUUUGUCAUUAGCAUAAUUUGUGAAAAUAAAUUUUUUGAGGCCAUUGAGUAUAUCAAAAAAAGCGUCUGCAAACCGGAUGAGCAGAUCUCUGCAGAUGUGAAGUUCCUCGUGACGUACAUCGGGUUGUAUGGGUCCAACGAGAAGAGACACUCCACGGAUGCGUUGAGGCGAUUCAAACGGAGGAGAUGGCGUAAAGUUAUAAAGUCGUUUCAAGAGGUGUACUCCGAAAUAACGGGCGUGCUGAACAAGCCCCUACUGGAGCUGCUGCUGAAGGCUGGGAUUUCGGUCGUCAAGACGGAGCAGUGUGGGAAGCAGAAGUGCACCAAGUGCCCCACGUGCAUCGACGAGCUUAGGCACACCAUCAUGCAGGUGCCGCACAUACAGAAGACCAAGAGCUUCCUCGUGUGCCCCUACACCAGCGAAGUUAUGGACGAGAAGAACCCCCCCUUCACCACCCCCGCGGGCCACGUCUUCUCGGAGAAGGCCAUCUCCCUCUUCGUCAAGUCGGACGACGUGUUCGAGUGCCCCGUCACGGCGGAGCGCUACCGCAUGCAGGACCUGUCGCGGCUGUUCAUUUGAGGGGGAGCGGCGCGUGUGGCGGUGCAGCGGAGCAGCGGUGCACACCGUGUACGGCUAACUCCCUCCAGUUUUGCCUCCAACGAUGUUUGCUCCGCAGCGGUGAGGGAGGGGCGCCUCUCCGGUAGAAUGCCUCUCCACUAGAUGUACCGCUACACGCGCCGCUAUUCGCGCCGCUACACGCUAGAUGACCUUG